GGAAGCAGAAGCUUUGAAGAAGGAAGAGGGUGAGCGGCUUGUGGUGCGCAUAGCCCUCCGCCUGUCACACCGACACAGGCAUGCCCGAGCCCAGGGCCCCGCCAUCUGCCGACUGAGAGCGGGAGCCCGGGGACGAGACGAGUUCGGAGGACCCCCGCAGAGGGUGUGUAAAUCACAAUGUUGCUGAAUUUGCAUCCGCUGGAGAAUCUGAAGUCUUAUAUCAUCAGCCGGCCCCCUCUGGUGGUCUUUAUGAUCAGUGUCAGUGGGAUGGCUAUAGCCUUCUUGACACUUGGUUACUUUUUUAAAAUGAAAGAGAUCAAAUCACCUGAGAUGACAGAGGACUGGAACACAUUUCUGCUGAGGUUCAACAAUCUGGAUUUGUGUAUAUCAGAGAAUGAAACUUUGAAGCAUCUACUUAACGAUACCACCCCCCCAGAGAGCACAGUGACCACUGGCCAGGCAAGGGUGUCUACUCAAACCCCUCAGGCUUUAGAAGAUAGUGGGCCAAUAAAUAUCUCUGUGUCUGUCACCCUGACAUUGGAUCCAUUAAAACCCUUUGGAGGGUACUCCAGAAACAUCACACAUCUGAGCUCUACAAUUUUUGGCCAUCAGAUUGGCCUUUCAGGCAGAGAGGCUCACGAGGAGAUGAAUAUUACAUUUACUCUACCUGCUCCCUGGAACUCUGAUGACUGUAUCCUCCACGGCCACUGUGAGCAGGUGGUAUUUACAACUUGCAUGACUGUGACCGCAGCAAGCAACGUGUUUCCAGUCACUGUUCAGCCUCCUCAUUGUAUACCAGAGACUUAUAGCAAUGCCACUCUGUGGUACAAAAUAUUCACUACUGCUCGUGACUCGGGGACAAAGUAUGCACAAGAUUAUAAUCCUUUCUGGUGUUAUAAGGGAGCAAUUGGGAAGGUCUACCAUGCUUUAAACCCAAAACUCACUGUCAUUGUUCCGGAGGAUGACCGCUCCCUUAUAAACUUGCAUUUGAUGGAUACAAGUUAUUUUCUGUUUGUGAUGGUCAUCACCAUGUUCUGCUAUGCGGUUAUCAGAGGAAGACCAAGCAAACUAAGGCAAAACAACUCUGAAUUCUGCCCUGAAAAGGUCGCCCUCUCUGAAGCAUAAUUUUUCCUCAACUUCCAAGAGCAGGUGUAACUCUGAGUCAUUGCUUGUUGACCCAACCAGGAGAAUGUGUACUGUGCUCUUCUCGGAGGGAGAAAGGAACACACAAUAUUGCAACGUUGGCUUGUUCCAACCAAAGACAUUUCAAGUGCCUGUAAUUCAUUUGUACAUAUUUAAAAAUAGGUACAUUUGAAGGAGGCUUGGUGCACAUGUCCUGCAUUGCAGGGAUGUGUCUUUUACCCCUUGUACCUGUGGACUAGCCGUCAUAUAUUUUUUAUUUUUAUUUUCUUGUGAUGAUGUGUUUAGUUGUUCUGUAUAGUGGGCUGGGAGAAUGUCUACUGGGUGUCUAGAAACAUAAGGGCAACGUGUUAGAUUUUCCCUUAAUUGCAAGCAGAAUUGCACUUUUUUGUUUUCCUACCCAGCUAUAAUAAAUCUGAAUGGAAGUUAAUCUCUUGCUGUCAAGAUGUGAUCAUAUGGUUCAAAACAUUAAAUCAGGUUUCUAAAAGCAAA